AUGGUUAAAUUUGGUCUGGUUGCUGGUAAUGUGGGCCUCAUGGGCCUUAGUGGUAGGUUAGGAAAUUCGGCUAAAUUUGAAUACCUAUUUAAAGUUGGGCCUUGGUUGAUUGGGCUUUUUCCGGAAAGGGGAUGUGGGGGCUAUUGUGCCUUUCAUGAUUUCCCCGUAGAAAUUCCCUUACAACACAGGCAUUACGUAUCUUCAGAUGUGUUCAAAAAAUUCACUAACCAGGACAGAAAGUUCAAGGAAACUCUUACUAAAGACGUCCAAGGAUUAUUAAGCUUAUACGAAGCAGCACAUCUAAGAGUACAUGGGGAAGAGAUUCUUGAAGAAGCUUUGAGUUUUACCAUCACUCAUCUCGAGUCCAUGGUCCCUAAAAUGAGCAACUCGCUCAAGGCCCAACUUAGUGAAGCCUUAUGCCAGCCCAUUCAUACAAAUCUACCAAGGAUGACAGCAAGAAAAUACAUAAGUAUUUAUGAGAACAUUGAAUCACAUAAUGAUUUGCUUUUGAAAUUUGCAAAAAUUGAUUUUAAUAUUGUGCAAAAGGUGCGCCAAAAAGAGCUUGGCGAGCUUACAAGGUGGUGGAAAGAUCUGAAUUUUGCGGAGAAAUUUCCAUAUGCAAGAGAUAGAUUGGUGGAGUGUCACUUUUAUACAGUAGGAAUAUACUUUGAGCCUCAAUAUAGUCGUGCAAGAGAAAUGAUGACGAAAGUACUCACCAUAUACACUGUUAUUGAUGACACCUAUGAUGCUUUUGCAACUUAUGAUGAACUUGUGCUUUUCACUUAUGCAAUCUAUAAGUGCGGAUGCAACAUUAGUGUGAUUGAUUCGGUACCGCCCAGUCUGAGACCUACUUAUCAAGCACUAGUAGACGUUUAUACUCAAAUAGAAGAAAAAAUGAUAAGAGAAGGUAAAUUGGAUCGUCUGUACUAUGCCAAAUAUGAGGUAAGCUCCCUCAUAUCUGGCAUAGUACAGACCCUACUGGACCCUGGAUACCAUCUUUUUUAG